AUGACCUUGUGUGAGCUUUGCAAGGCAUUGCCCUUGGAUAAGCUCCCUUCAAUCCCGCCACAUAUCCGAGAUGGAUACUUGACCGGGUGUCCUCAUAUCCAGCAAUUCUACAGUUGGGGUCAGGAGGAUAAAGGAUUCCCAUAUCACCAAAGUCUCGAAGCCUUGGAAAGAGCCGCAACAGAUUUGAAGUGUGGUCUUUGCAAUCUAGUUCUGGGCCAAGUCCUUCAGGUCCAGGCAGAAAUUGAACAAGCGAAUAAGUUGAAAGAGUCAUACUCAUUUGCGUGGCCGGUCUGGGAGUUCUGGCUUGUGAAACGUCCUGCUGGUGGACACGGAUUCUGGGUCAUGAGCUUCACUAAUGAAGUGAUGAGAGGCGAGGCAAUGCUAGUAGCAGCGAUUGGCUUAUGCGUUAGAGACGAUGACCCGCUGCAGGCGGUCAUUCGGGGCCGUCCGGUUGAGCAACAAAGAGGAACACCAACAGCAAUCAGAAGGGUGCGCAACUGGCUGGAUGAAUGCGAUCAACACCCUGAAUGUCUUCCCACGGAACCUAUCUUGCCAUCCCGAGUCAUAGACGUUGGUGCUGAAGUUGGGAGUCCUUACGUCAGUCUACGCGAAACACUGGAUCGCACAGUCGAACACUAUUGUUGGGGAAAAACACCACAAUUCACGACCACGAAGUCCACGCUUCAAGACCGAAAACGUUGCAUUGCGGUAUCUCACCUACCGAAAACACACCAAGAUGCUAUUUGGCUUACCCAAGAGCUUGGGAUAAGAUACAUAUGGAUAGACAGUAUCUGUAUCAUCCAAGACGAUAAAGAGGACUGGGAACAUGAAUCAGCCAAUAUGCUUUCGGUCUACGCUAAUGCAUCGCUGACUAUCGCAGCAUCCAACGGAGAUGAUAGCCACAAAGGGCUUUUUACUGAGAUCCCAUCGAGAAAAUAUGCCCAGAUUGAUUACGCUUUUGGAGGCAUACAAGGACAAGCCUUAGCCUUUAGCUGUCCUCUCAAAGGGGAGACAUUCUGCAUCGAGACCGACAGGGAAGAGAAAAGCUCACGCUUCCCAAUCUUCUUGGACUAUAUAACCUUACCUAAAGAACCACUCUCAGGACGGGGCUGGACCUUACAAGAGCGUGUUCUAUCUCGCAGAACUCUCCACUAUAGUGACCAGCAAAUGUUCUUUGAGUGCAACAAAGCAUACCACGGAGAGGAUGGCCUAUUCUUGAAUGCUCGGUUUGACACUAUACACCAGAAGACCAUGGCGAGCGACAUCAAUACCAAAGGGAUUCCUAGUGAAGGCCAGGUUUCAAUUUCCAAAGACUUAAUACUGAAGCUAUGGUAUAGACUUCUAUGGAUAUAUGGGGAACGAAAGCUUUCGAAACCAUCAGACAAACUUCCAGCUAUAUCAGGGCUUGCCAGUAUCUUCGCAAAACGACUGGACGACCAGUAUGUAGCUGGUCUUUGGAGAUCUGACCUUGUCGUGGGUCUGAGCUGGGAAGGUCUACACUGCAAGCGUGUGGAAAAAUACAGGGCGCCUUCUUGGUCAUGGGUUUCUGUCGACGGAAUUAUUGGUUGCACCGCGGAAUUUCCGUAUACGCCAUUGGCGACGAUCAUUGACGUGAAAGUCGAUUUGAAAGGUGCAAACCCAUACGGCGAGAUCCUCGAUGGUAGGAUCAGAAUUUGCGCGUCGAUGAGACGUCUCUAUCUGGCGGAUGAUGACAGCAAGUCGGGCAGCGACAAAUUGGGACGCCGAGUUGGACUUGAAUUGCGCAUGGAUAACAUUAACGAUGAAGAUGUAAGUGGGCACUUUGACUAUGAUGAAUUUGCGAAGGAUUCUUCACAAGGAGCAGCAAAGAUGUUAGAGAGCUUGAGGGGAAAGGAACUCUUUGCUCUGCUUCUUUUGGACCAUGUGGAAUUCAAAGAACAACAGUUACCACUCAAGGGGUUGAUAAUUGCCAAAGUUCAAGGGACUGAAGAAUAUCAGAGAUUCGGUACAAUCAGGCUUCCACGUUGGGCACUGAAGGACAGAUUCGAGGGGGGUCAAGAGGAAAUGACAACGGUUACACUAGUAUAA